UAUGACCAUAGAAAAUGGCGACGAUGAGAAGAUUCUUUCGAGCGCAGGCGGAUGUUUGUGCCAAGACGGCCCUGAAGAGACGUACAUAUUAGGACAUGGCAGGGUGUUCAGGUUUCGAAGAGGUGAAAAAAGGCCCGGUGAAAAUGUUCCAGAGCCGGAUUCCAACCGAGUGAGUCCUUGGGCUCACAUACUCGACCAGUUUCGUUGCACCUUUGAUCCUCGUGUUUCCGCGAUCAGGCUAACACCCUCCUGGCUUGCGUGCUUUCUAUAUAAAGUGGGCAAUACGUGGCUGGAAUUUACAAGAUAUCGAAUCGAAUCACCAUGAAGAGCGUACACAUCCUUCUUUUCUCUUACUGCUUUAUUUCUUCCGGUUUGGCCCAGCUAGCUGCACCGACCCUCACGUACCAGGACAGUUUCGGCCGGUACAGUUUUGGUUACAGUAGCCCGUACUCGGCGAGGUCGGAAAUCAGAAUGUCGAACGGCGAAACACGAGGCGCUUACAGUUACAUCGAUGACGCAGGAGUUAUUCAGACUGUCGAGUACGUCGCUGAUGCAACGCACGGUUUCCGGAUACUGUUCACCAAUUCAGUGAGAUUAAUGGCAAAACUGAUGUAG